AUGGCAUACUAUGAGAACCUGAUGGCGGAGCAGCCGUGGCAGUACCGCCCGGCGUUCGGCGACGCCUGGUACACCGGCGAGUUUGGUGACGGAGCCGAUCCGCUGGCGGCGGCUCUGCGGAGCUCAUUCUCCGGCGAUUCCUCGGCGGAGGUCCUCGAGUCACCGGCGACAAUACCGACGGCGUCCGGCGGAUCGGAGGCGGAUUUCGCGGCUCCGAAGAGGCGGCGUGUGGCCGACGGCGUUCCGCCGAGCGGCAGGGUGUCGAAGAGGAAGCCGCGCGGGUCGAAGCGUUCCGCGAAGACGACUUUCAUCGUGGCGGAUCCGGAGAAUUUCAGGCGGAUGGUGCAGCAGGUGACCGGUGUAAAGCUCGGGUUGGGCGGAGCGGCGGAUCUGGCUCCGGCGCUCGGGGAGGAUCGAAUCGGCGGAGUGGUGGAUCUGGACGGCGGCUUGCCGACGCUCAACUCGUCGGCUUUUCUGCCGGAGCCUCCUGUAUCGCAGCCAUCUCCGGUGGCGGACGGCGGAGGCGCGGCGGCAGAGCGAUUGUUCGACUCGUUUUGCAGCUUCCCCACUCUCGAAUCGUGGUCCUCGUGGAAAGCUGUGUGA